AUAAGAUUAAAGCCUCCAGUUCAGGGUCGCGUAAAGACUAAAGCAAACACUAGUAAAAAAGAAAACAAACAAACUAAUCCAAGCUACUGAAUGCCAGGAAUCCAUGGGUAGGCCAUAGAUUCCUGUAUGACGUGCAGCCUCAGCAGACCUGUCCAAUGACUUUGUUUCCUGUUCAGAAAAAAACUGCUUCUGCUUUCACUUACAGCUUGUGUAAAUGAAAAGGGAACAGCAUUCAGCCGGUUUCUGCGUGUUGUUUGUGAAGGAAUGACACAUAUCAGGACAUCUGCAAGUCUCGCCUUCAUAUCAAAAUGUCACAUUUUUUCUUCUAUCUGCUCGCUGUGGCCUUCACCGCCGGCUGCUGCCCGUGUGCAGCUGAUGUUGGGGAUUUCACCCCAUGUCUGCUGUUCUUCUACAGAUCUUGGCCUCCAAAAGGUCUGACAGGGACCCCAAUCUGCCAGCGCUACCACAACCAGUAUCGCUUUGCCACGUUGUACAGCAGAUACCGCCGCUCACCAUGGUUCUCAGCCUAUUUGUACGAGGUCCCUGAAGGAAAGAGGCCAUCUGCUUCCUGGAAGUUCGAACCGCAGUUGGCCUAUCCAGGAGCCGAUGGCAACAUGGUUUCCUUCCCGCCGGGACCCCUGGACCAGAACGUGGUGGAGAGCCAGGCAGUGGAGCUGGACUACAUUAACUCCACUUACUCUCGCGGCCACUUGAACCCCAGCCUUCACCACCAGACCCAUGAGUGUCGCUCCUCCACUUUCACCCUCACAAACGUGGUUCCUCAAAAGGCAGGAUCCAACGAUGGGCCCUGGGAGAUCUUGGAGCAGACCGUUAACAAGACCUUGGCAGCCUACUGCCUCACAGAGGCCUACGUAGUGACUGGCAUCAUCCCAUACGCCAGCGCCGAGCCCUGGCUCAGGAAUCAUCGGGUGGCGGUGCCGGAGUACAUGUGGUCUGCCUACUGCUGCCCGAACUACAACCACAGUCUUCCUGAAGAACUGAAACAAAAAUUUCCUACAUUUGCUGCAAUCGGACGCAACGACCCCAACAGCACAGAGGAGAUUGUGCCGAUCGACAAGACGGCCAAGAAACAGUUCAGGGGUUAUGAUGUGAGACCGAUGCCACUGGAGAUGCUGGAGAUGUACCUGAAGGACAGAUUCAACACAGUGGUCAGCGUUUUUUAUGAGCAGUGCACCGGAUCAGGCUGAGUUUUCCUGCUGCAUUUUAGAGUGACUCAGCUUUUCUCUAAACCAGAUCUUAACUUCUAACUAUAGAAAAACAUGUUGUCUUCCACUAGUCUGGAUAAAGUUAGGUUUAGGCACAAAAACAACUUGGUUAGGUUCAGCUGGAACUAACCCAGACUUGAAUGUCUUGAUAUUUUGAUGAACAACUCACCCAAACUGGAGAAGUCCAGCUUGAUUUUAAUCAAAGUAAUUCCAUCUAGUUCUUAUAAACACAAAACUAGGGAUGCACCAGUUUCCCAUUUUUCUUGCUAACACAGAAUACUGAUAUGACUAUUAAUAAACCUCAUUACAGUUCACUGGUUAGGAGUGUGGACCAGUGUUUGAUGUGAUGACGGAGUGGUCAUCCUGCGAUCAUCCUCUAAAUAAGGCUUGAAAACUGCCAGAAACCUCAUAAAUAAGGAGAAAUAAGUGGAUUCUGUUCAUCGCUGUAACACUCACACAUAUGCCCAAACUCAGCUUCUCUCACAGAGAUAAAGCAAAAUUCAGAUUUUUAAUUUAGCAUGAGUAAUGACUCGUUUAUGCGUUAAUCUAUUAAAAAAUAUAUGCAUUAAUUGCAGAUUAAUCUCUUUGCAACAUGUUAAGUUUGACAGCCCUAUCAGGUUCUGUAUCGGAAUACUUUUAUAAAUACCGAGUACUAGUACACGCACAUAAUAUCAGGCCAAUACUGGUAUCAGUAUCAGGGAAAAACAGAUUUUUUAAAAUGUGUUUUUUGUUUGUUAUAAGAGUUUGUUUCUGUGUAAAACUGACAGCAGGGUAUUCUGUCAUUUUUAACUGGAUGUGUUUGUUUUAGCAGUUAGUUUAGCUUGACUCAGGUCUUUUAAACCUUCCCUUGGCCCUUCAAUCCCUCUGCUUCCAGGUUUCAGGUUGAGCUAGUGCUAAUUAUUUUUAUCCUAAAACAUAUUAUGCAAAUAUCAAACCUCAAAGGACAUAUUGGUUCAGUUAGACAAAGGGAAGAGAGUCUAUGAUUCUACAGAUGUGGACCAAACAGUUCAGACCAGUAGGUGGCGACCUUGUGCAGCACAUGUAGCUGGUUGGUGAAAUGCUCUGCCUGCAGUUGGUGGAGCCUCGACUAUCUAAAAUAUGAGAAAUCAUUGGAUCAGCAAGUUAUAAGCAUUUUCAGCUGGCUGAUAUUAAAGUAUAAAAUAGUUACUGGUUACCCAUAAAUUCACAUGUGUAUGAAUUUUUAUACCUUAAUGCAUGAGCUUUGACCCUUAAAAAAAAUAAAAAACUAAACAUCUUCUUAAAUUAAUAGUAAUUUUUACUUCUUUUGAUUGAUUUUAGACGACUUUGUUGAUCAGCCUCAGCAUCUCCAGAGGUCACUCACCAGAAUUUUGGGGCAACCUCUACAUGAAUUUUUAACCUCAAACCUACAGCUUGUGUUUUACAUGAAAAAAAACAUGAAAGCAUGAAUAAACUUUA